CUCACUGGCUCCAUGGUGCUGCGAAGAAAGACAGCACAGAUGCAUCUCUGGUGUAAGGACUUUCCUGAAACUUAGGAGAAGAGACAGACAACGAGGAGGAGCCUUCUACCAACUCCACUUGAUGUUUUUGUCUUGGAGAGUGAUUGGAGGAAGGAACUGCAGAGGAAGGGGGGUGGGAAACGGAUCCACUUAGUUCUUUUCAACAUCUGGACUCACAUCUGUCCCAGCCCCAGUAGUGCCUUCCGGUAUCGUUUCCUGCACACACUUCUCGACGAUGGAACUCAACGGCACAUCCUUGGCCUGCAAUGGUUUGCAAGAUGACAAGGACCUGAAGUUCCUCCUGAAGGGAUGCCAUCUGCUGAAAAUCAAAUCCAACUCUUGGAGAAGAGAGAGGUUUUACAAGCUCCAGGAAGACUGCAAGACAAUAUGGCAGGAGUCCAAGAAGAUGCUAAGGUCGCCCGAGUCGCAGCUCUUCUCCAUAGAGGAUAUCCAGGACGUGAGGGCAGGCCACAAGACAGAAGGGAUGGAAAAAUACGCCAGGGAUGUACCUGAAUAUCGCUGCUUUUCUAUCAUCUUCAAAGACCAGAGGAAAAACCUGGACCUCAUUGCUGGCUCUGAAGUUGAUUGCAAUCACUGGGUUGCAGGCCUGGGGAAGGUCAUCGACAAGAGCAACUCAAUGAGCCAAAGACAGAAACUAAAACACUGGAUUCACGCCUGUUUGCGGAAGGCAGAUAAGAAUAAAGACAACAAGAUGAGCUUUAAGGAGCUCAAGAAUUUCCUGAAAGAAGUCAACAUCCAAGUCGACGACAGCUAUGCCAGGCAGAUCUUUGUGAAAUGUGACACAUCCAAAACAGACACCUUGGAAGACGAUGAGAUAGAGGAGUUCUAUAAGAUCCUGACCGAGCGAAAAGAGAUCGACCGGAUCUUCUCCAAACACUCCGACGGCGAAGAGACCAUGUCUCUGGACAAUCUGGCGAGGUUCCUCCGAGAAGAACAGCACGAGGAGGACACUGGACCCGAACUGGCACUCGCUCUGAUUGAGAAAUAUGAGCCCAAUGAAACUGUCAAAAGCGAAAAGGCCAUGACUAAAGACGGCUUCCAGAUGUAUCUGAUGUCUCCCGACGGGAACAUAUUCAAUAGAGCCCACACCCAAGUGUACCAGGAUAUGACGCAGCCACUCAGUCACUAUUACAUUUCGUCUUCGCACAACACCUACCUCAUGGAGGACCAGCUAACAGGGCCCAGCAGUACAGAGGCCUACAUCAGAGCGCUGACCAAAGGCUGCCGGUGUGUGGAACUGGAUUGCUGGGACGGGCCGAAUUCGGAGCCGAUCAUUUACCACGGCUACACAUUCACCUCCAAGAUCCUCUUCUGCGACGUUAUAAAAGCCAUCAAGAACUACGCUUUCAAAACCUCGCCGUUUCCUGUCAUCAUAUCCCUGGAGAACCACUGUAGCCUUGAGCAGCAGAAAACGAUGGCACAUCACAUGCACACCAUCUUUGAAGAUAUGCUCUUGGUGGCACCGAUCGAUUCAAAGAUGAGUAGCCUCCCGUCACCGGAGCAAUUAAAGGGGAAGAUUCUUGUGAAAGGGAAGAAACACAGUCCAGAGACAGAAGAAGUCUCUGAUGAGGAUGAAGCGGCUGAAAUGGAAGAUGAAACUGUCAAGAGUGAGGUGGAAAAGAAAAGGAUGAGUGAAAAGCUGAAGCUGGCCAAGGAGCUGUCUGACACGGUCGUCUAUUGCAAAAGCGUCCAUUUCCAAGGGUUCAAUGACACAAAUCCCCAGGCCUGCGACCACAUGUCCUCCUUCAGCGAAGGCAAAGUUCUCAAGUUGGCCCAGGAAUCUGGAAACGACUUCAUCCAUCACAACAUCAGUCAUCUGAGCCGGGUCUACCCAGCAGGAUGGAGGACGGAUUCAUCUAACUACAACCCGGUGGACAUGUGGAAUGUGGGCUGUCAGAUAGUUUCCUUGAAUUUUCAGACCAAGGGCACAGAAAUGGACAUCCAUCAGGGCCGAUUUCAAGAAAAUGGCUUUUCUGGGUAUGUCCUAAAGCCGGAAUUUCUUCGGGACAAGAAAUCCAAGUUCAACCCCAAGUCCAUCACGGAAGGGCCGUGGUGGACCCGGAAGAAACUCCGGGUUAAGGUCAUCUCAGGACAGCAGCUGCCCAAGGUGAACAAAAGCAAAAACUCCAUCGUCGACCCGAGGGUGAUUCUGGAGAUCCAUGGAGUCCAGAGAGACAACGAGAAGAAACAAACUUCAAUCAUUGAUAACAAUGGGUUUAACCCAACGUGGGAAGAAGCAUUUGAGUUCGAAAUCGACGUCCCCAUGCUAGCCAUGGUCCGCUUCAUGGUGGAAGAUUUUGACGUGUCGACGAAAAACGAUUUUAUCGGGCAGUUCUCAGCCCCCUUCACGAGCCUGAAGCAAGGCUAUCGCCAUAUUCAUCUCGUGACGAGGAGCGGAGACCAAUACCCAUCUGCCACACUUUUUGUGCACAUCAGUAUUCUGGACGCUUACUAAGCAAACAAAAGCCAACCCACCACCUUUUCUGACCGCUUGAGGGAUCUGUCUUCACAUUCAAACAGACUUCACUCCCAGGCUGCGAGACGGAUCUCCGGAGAGUGGGAUGUGAGCUAAGCAGUCAGACCCACCGCCUUGUACGUCAUUGUGCAGCCUGCCUUUCUGCAAUUAGCUUGCCAAUUUCUAAAACUGUGGAUUGAAAGCUUGCCUGUCUCAUAAACCUAGGUGCUGCGAGGCAAGAAAAGAGACAUACCUCCCAGGCACUCUGAGAAGCAUUCAAGUUCAGAUAAUGACAGACUUCGGAGGUUGCUGUUUUAGCUUUAAAACAACAUGCUGGCUUUCCUUCCUCGGGUGGCUUUGGAGCGUUUAUUGGGACUGUAGCACCGGCUCCAUUUUGUGCUGCUGAUCAAAGCACCAGUACUUUAUAUAUUUUUAAAAAAGAAACACAAGUUGCUAGUCCUGAUGGUUGCGAAGAUAGGCAGGCAAUUUCUGCUGUAGUCUCAGAAGUCGGGGCAUCGCUGAAUGAUGUGUCACAUCACUUUAACCUAGACUGUCUGUAGUCUGCACUACAACCUAAUCAUCCAAAAGACCUGGAUCCUGCAAGCUGCAUAAACCAUACAAAUUCAGCACAUUUGCAUAACUUUAAUUCCUCCAAUCAAUGGGAAGGAUCUCUGCCUGGCACGGAAGGCGCCUUCUCCACGUAAUCAUUGGAUGUCCUCAGCAAGUUUUCUGAGAAAUAAAGAGGCAGGAUCAUUGUAUAGUCAUAGUCUCUGUUCUCUUAGUGACCUUGAAACAGUUGCAUAUUUGAGGGGGACAGAUGCAGGCUCUUUGAUCUUUACCCAAAGGCAAUUUACGUCUGUGGAAAUUCAUCUUUUCAUUGGCAAAUUUAAUUCUUAAAAGAAAUUAAGCCCAAAUCAUUCUCAGUUCUUCUCAGUAGUUUCCUGAUAAAUUCUAUUUCGGGACGUGAUGCUAUCGUAUCUAAGAUUUUCCUUGGAACGAGAUGAGGACUAGAAACUUCUACAGAAUUUACAAAACCACACGUCGAGAAACUUUGAAUCAGAGUCCUAUUGGGCUGUUUAGAAUCUUCUAUGAAGAACUCCUACCCUUCUGCCUCUUGUACAAGACAUGUAGAAUACACUACAAAAGCCACGUUCACAACACAGAACACAGUUUCUAAGUGUUCCAUGGAUUGCAACGAGAGAGAUUUAAGCGUGCUCAUAAUUCUCCCAGUCUGCAAACUUUAAAAGUGCUGGAUCCUUGGCCACAUGUUAUGCUGUGUUCUAUAGCAAAUUGUGAAAACACUACUGGACUAAUAAUUUUGUCCCCAAAACUCUAUUGCCAGAUCUACACUUUGUUUCAAAUCAUUACAAAUGUGGAAUAAAAAGCAGGGUAUAACACUAUGAAAGCAGUAUAUGGAAUGUGUCAUGGGCCCCAACAGUUAUCAGUGCACUUCAAUACCGCUAUAAAGCAGUAGUGUAGAUCUAGCCUAUAUUUGACCUGCAUUCAGCAUACGAAACCGAUUUUAGUCUGAAAGGAGAACUUUAGUUUUCCAUUCAGUAGAACCCACUUAAAUAUGAUGUGGUAACUGAGGGCUCAUUUACAAUCUUAUAUCAUGACAACAGGCCCAAGGCUAUAGUGAGGUGAUUAAUUUGCUAUGGGAAAGCCCUCCACCCACCCCCAGCUACCUUUGGACAUAUGGGUUCGUUAAGGGGAGAGUAAUUUUCUUAGUUCGGGGUCAAUUUUGUGAUUCCACCUUCAUGCAGGUGGGUCUGAGCAGAGGAGGGCAACACUAGCUUCCAGGACUAAUUGGGUCAUAGAAUCAUAGAAUAGCAGAGUUGGAAGGGGCCUACAAGGCCAUCGAGUCCAACCCCCUGCUCAAUGCAGGAAUUCACCCUAAAGCAUCCCUGACAGAUGGUUGUCCAGCUGCCUCUUGAAGGCCUCUAGUCUGGGAGAGCCCAUUGGGCCCUCAGGCCCCACCUCCUCAUGAAGCCCCACCCCCUGCCCUGGGGGUUUACUGUGGCCUUUGCGAAGAAGCGAGGGGAAAAAGAAUCCCUUGGUUAUCUCCAAGCACAGGUUAGUGAUAACAAGGGGAUUGAGAGAACAGCGGCGUCACCUGCCCCCACAUCCUCUCCCCAGACGGAGAAGUUGUGGGCAGGGGAAGUCGGUUGCUGAUGAUGGUGUAGGGAGGAUCAAAUGGUGUCAGGGUUGUGGUCCGCAGAGGGCUGGGUGGGAGGUCAUUCAGCUCCUGGAUUUGAGAGUAGUCCAAGAAAGUCAGCUAAGGGUUACAGGCGGGACGCCUCGGAUCCUUUAUUUGCAGAGAGCCAUUUUCUCCCCAGGGUACCAUCUUCUCCUGUGAUCGAGGCAUUCACUUGCCAACAACGUGAGCCUCCGCUUCCUGACCCAUUCGUUUUCAUGCAUGGAACAAAAAAAACUCCCAAGUAUGGCUUUGAGACGCGCAGAAUGGCUGCCUCCAAUUCUCUUAUCAGCAAACUGGAUCCCCGGCCACUACAGGGCUGAGGCAGUGAAAUGUGACUUUUUGUGCCUUGGUGGAGACGCCGAGUCGUCCUGCGUACCCCACGGACACGGAAACCGGUGUGCCUUGCAUCGCCAGCCCAAACUGCGAUUUGGGCUAGACUUUGCCUUAAGAAAAGAAAGAAGACUCCAUUUGAAAAACGUCUGCAAAAGUAACCUUCACUGCAGAUGUAUUAAAUGGGGAAGUGAUUUCUUAAAAGCCAUUAUGUGUUCUUCCUUUAUGUAGAAGAUUAUCUUGUUGCUGUGAUCGAAGAAGUUAGGAAAUGACCAUUGGAAACCCUUUCCCAUUUCCACCUGUGGAUUUGCAGUGCAAAUGCAGCAUAAUGUUUUUCAUUUGUGUCCUCCGCUAGCGAUGGUGUAAUGUUAUAUUAACUGCUCCUGGGGUGCUUCCAGACAAGGCGUUAGAUCCAGGAUCUGCCUUCCGCGAGAGGGAGGGCUCAGCUCUUCCAAGGUCUGUAUGCCUAAUUUUGGGGGAUCCCACUACCCCCUCAUACAAUAAUCACCCAUUCAGUAGGGUUCUUCUGUCUCUGUGUAGCAUUUUAAGGAGGCUGGAGGGUCUGCCGUGGGAAUUAGGGGUGGGUUAGUCCACAUCUUUCCACGAAAAUAACCAUUAUGGAAGAAUUGCUGCACUAUCUGUCUGGAAGCAACCCCUGGUCUAGCACUUUUUAUGGUCAGGUCCUUCUUCUAACCCGCUAUCCUGUUCAUGUAGUUGUCAUUACAGGACGGGACACAAAAAAGAAAAGACAAUUAUUCUGUGAAAAAUCAGUGAAUAUUUUAUACUGCGCUUUUAAACACACACACCUCUAAAGAAAUCAAUAGAGUUAGAGGGAUAGUUAUAGCAUAUUAAUAAUAUAUUUGCAUUUGUCAUGAUUAAAAUGGA